CCCCCCAACACACACAGACACAGCACAAGACGUGCAUCAUAUCGAUCACAACUCAAGUCUCAGAUUUUGAGAGAAACCUGAUCGAUCUGUCCUAGCUUCAAAGAGAAAUUAACAAUGGUGGUGCCAUUGCUGGUCCUAGAGUACUGUUUGCCUCAACAAUGGCACACCCUCCUCCUGGUUCUCCUCCCUCUCCUCUUUCACCUCCUUGCAAGAAAAGGCCGACGCCUCCACCUGCCGCCGGGCCCGCCUAUGCUGCCCAUCCUCGGCAACCUGCACCAGAUGGGCGCGCUGCCCCACCGGAGCCUACGCGAGCUGGCGCGGUGGCACGGGCCGGUGAUGUUGCUGCGGCUGGGCGCGGUGCCGACGGUGGUGGUGUCGUCGGCCGAGGCGGCACGGGAGGUGAUGAAGGCGCACGACGCGGACUGCUGCAGCCGGCCGGACACUCCGGGGGCGAGGCGCCUGUCGUACCAACACAAGGACGUGGCGUUCGCUCCCUACAGCGACUACUGGCGCGAGAUGCGCAAGCUCUUCGUCGUCGAGCUGCUCAGCCUGCGUCGCGUCCAGGCCACCUGGUACGCCAGGGAGGCGCAGGUGGACAAACUCAUCGGCAGAUUAACCAGCGCCGGACGGAAACCAGUGUCCCUGGAGGAUCACAUCUUCGGCCUCAUGGACGGCGUCAUCGGCACGGUGGCGCUCGGGAACAUCUACGGCACGGAGCAGUUCGCGCAGAAGAAACACUUCCACGACGUGAUCGACGAGGCCAUGAGCGCCAAGGCCAGCUUCUCCGCCGAGGACUACUUCCCCAACGCCGUCGGCCACCUCGUGGACCGCCUCACCGGGGUCGUCUCCCGCCGCGAGAAAGUGUUCAGGGACCUCGACGCUUUCUUCGACGUGAUCAUCGACCAGCACCUCGACCCAUCGCGCGCCAUGCCCGGCAACGGCCCCGAUCUCAUCGACGUCAUGGUCGGCCUCAUGAAGGGGAACCAACAAGGCUCUCUCAGCUUCACCAGAGACCACAUCAAAGGGCUGCUCUCGAACGUCUUCACUGCUAGCGUUGACACGAGCUCGGUUACCAUGGUUUGGGCAAUGGCUGAGCUGAUGAGGAAGCCGGCUUCGCUGAAGAAGGUGCAAGAAGAGGUUAGAGCCGUGGUGGGCAACAAAGAGAGGGUGCAACCGCAUGACAUGCCUAAGCUCAAGUACCUCAAGAUGGUGGUGAAGGAGACGCUCCGGCUACACCCAGCAGUGCCGCUUUUGUUGCCGAGGGAGACGCUGCGGCACGUCAAGAUCUCCGGAUACGACGUGCCGGCCAAGACAAGGCUCUUGGUGAACGCAUGGGCCAUCGGCAGGGAUCCGUCCACCUGGGACAACCCUGAGGAGUUUGAUCCGGACAGGUUCGAGGGGAAAGAUGUCGACUUCAACGGGCUGCAUUUCGAGCUCCUGCCGUUCGGCGCCGGCCGUAGGAUGUGCCCGGGGAUGGCCAUGGGAGUGGCCACGACAGAGUUCACGCUCGCCAACCUGCUCUACUGCUUCGACUGGGAGCUCCCCGAGGGCAUGACGCCGGAGGACGUGAGCAUGGAAGAGGCAGGAGGGCUCACCGUCCAUAGGGAGAUGCCGCUCGUGCUUGUGCCCACCAGAUAUAACUGCCAGCGUUGAUCGAUCGAUCGAUCCAUCUAUCAAGAUGCUAAUAAAUUUGGUGCUGUUUGCUUUCUUCAGCUCGCCAUGAGUUCAGUCUGUACCUAUUAAAUUGUUUGUCCAAGAUUUGCUGUCAACUUAUUACUCAAACUCUCAA